AUGUCAGUCUUGACUGUGCGACAAAAGGCCCUCAGGCUCGCCUUAGUGGGUCUAGCAAUCCUUGGCCACUCGUCCGCUGAAGCGCGAAGCAUCGUUACAACCCGGCAGCAGGAUGGGUCCGCGGAGGUUGCUCGUGAGCGUCUCAGCAUCAAUGCCGAUUGGCGUUUCGAGCGCUUUGAGAGCAACCCUGACGGACUCAGUUACGACCAAUUGAAGCCGUGGAUUUUACCAGCAGGCAACAACUUCAUCAAAGAUCCAUCACUUCACACACAACCGCCAACUGAACGGCCCAGCAACGUCACUUAUGCGCAAGCUUCUUUCGAUGACAGCGCUUGGGAGGCUCUUAGCCUCCCACACGACUGGGCCGUCAAGGGGCCAUUCUACGAGGGCUCUGAUCCCCCAGUUGGCGGAAACAUGGGUCGUCUGCCGAUUCAAGGCAUCGGCUGGUAUCGCCGCACUCUUAACAUUUCAUCGGCCGAUGAGGGCAAGACGAUCUACUUGGAAAUUGAUGGUGCAAUGUCCUACGCAACCGUCUGGCUAAAUGGGAGGAUUGUCGGUGGCUGGCCGUAUGGGUACGCUUCGUUCCGCCUAGACCUAAGUCCUUAUCUGCAACCCGGAGAGAACCAGCUUGCUAUCCGCCUUGAUCAGGCCCUCGAUUCCUCUCGUUGGUAUCCAGGAGCGGGAAUUUAUCGCAACGUCUGGCUUACCAAGGUCAACAAUGUACAUGUCGGCCAGUGGGGCACCUAUCUCACUUCAAAGGACGUGUCCGCUCAGUCGGCCAUUUUGGACCUCACCGUUCAGGUCGAGAACGCCGCAACGGCUGCAUCAGAGAUUCAUGUUAUUACAGACGUCCACGUCCUGGACGCAGCAACAGGACAGGCGGGUGCCAAGGUCGGCCAAUUUCCUAACACGACCGUUAUCGUGGGCGCAGGCAAUAUUGAAUCAACCAAUGCUUCCAUUACACUGGAGAACCCAAAACUCUGGGGUCCUCGCCCAGCGCAGGAGCCGAACCUCCACAUUGCCAUUACGCGGCUUUUCGCCGACGGCCAGGAAAUCGACACUUACGAGACCCGCUUUGGUAUCCGCUCAAUCAGCUACGCUGGCGACGGAUUGCGUAUCAACGGAGACCGAAUCUAUCUCCAGGGCGUGUGUCAGCACCACGAUCUAGGCUCAAUCGGAGCUGCCUUCAACCUUCGUGCAGCUGAACGACAACUGCAGCUGCUCCAAGAAAUGGGUUCCAACGCUAUCAGGACAUCACACAACCCGCCAGCACCCGAAAUUCUCGACCUUGCUGAUAGUCUGGGUCUCGUUGUACUUGACGAGAUUUUUGACACGUGGGCUAGCCAUAAGACUUCAAACGACUUCGCCAGUCUAUGGGAGGACUGGUCCGAGCCGGACUUGCGCGGCUUCGUUCGCCGCGACCGUAACCACCCAGCCAUUUGGGCAUGGAGUUACGGUAAUGAGAUCGCAGAGCAAGGACAAGGCGCUGCUGGCGCCGCAGCGGCCGAGCGUCUUCGCGAUAUCGUCCGUGAAGAAGAUGCUACGCGCCAGUCGUCAGUAGGCAUGAAUAACGCUGGACCCGAGACCCCCUUUGUCUCGGUAGUUGAUCUCAUUGGCCUUAACUACCAAGGCGAAGGCAAGGGCAACGGUGGUCCAACCUUCGAGAACUUCCGCGGAGAAUUUCCCGACAAGCUGAUUUUUAGCACAGAGAGCUCAUCCGCUGUCAGCUCAAGGGGGACAUACCUGUUCCCAGUGACCCCGUUUAAUAACACCAUUGUACUCGCGAAUGGCACGGGAGCCGACCCAGAAACCCGUCAGGUUAGUUCCUACGAAUUGUAUGCAGUGCCAUGGGGGGCUUCGCCAGAUAAGGUGUUUGCAGCACAGGAUGAGUUCCCGUACGUUGCCGGAGAAUUUGUAUGGACGGGCUGGGACUACAUCGGUGAGCCCACGCCCUACGAUGGAGAUUCACGGAGUAGUUAUUUCGGAAUCAUCGACUUGGCUGGUUUCCCCAAGGAUCGGUUCUACUUAUACCAAUCACGCUGGAACCCGACCGUUCGAAAUGCGCAUAUCCUUCCACACUGGAACUGGCCGGAUCGUGUGGGCGAAGUAACUCCUGUUCACGUCUUCUCUUCCGGAGACGAGGCCGAGCUGUUUGUGAACGGAGAAUCUCAGGGCCGUCAGAAAAAGGCCGGUUACCGCUUCCGGUGGGAUAAUGUUGUAUACCAGCCUGGUGAAAUCCAUGUCAAGACUUACAAGGACGGAGAGGAUUGGGCUGAGGCUAAAGUACGAACAACUGGGGAAGCCACCCAAUUACGCCUGUCGACCUACCAAAACAGGACAACUAUUGCUGCUGACGGCAGUGACCUCUCAUUCGUGAGCGUCGCCGUGACUGACGAUAACGAGGACAUAGUGCAUACUGCUCAGCCUGCUAUUAAGUUCUCUGUCUCGGGACCGGGUGAGAUCAUAUCGACUGACAAUGGCGAUCCAACGGACUUCACACCUUUCCCGUCCAAGGAGAGAAAUGCAUUUCGAGGUCUUGCGCUUACUAUCGUACGGGCGAAGGCUGGAGCCUCUGAGCCCAUCAUUGUCACCGCCCAGGCGGAUGGCUUGAGGACAGCCGAGAUUACGUUGUCCAUCGGAGGUGAUUAG